CGUGUGACCCGGACAUGCAACCGGGGACUGUUUUCUGACUGCAGCAGCCUCCUUCCUGUAGCCCGGUUGAGGAAGUGAUUUUCGCUGACAGGGCUGGGUUCAGUGAGGGAGAGGCGAACAAAACAUCUUCCGCGGGGGACUAAAAAACAACAAAACAACCAGAGACGAGCGGAGCGAUUUGUUAAACCAUAGUAAAGCUAAGUUGUGCUGGUGAAAUCGUGCUCCCCUGCCCCGCUGAGGCCGCCGCAGACAUGAAUGACCAGCAGCUGGACUGUGCCCUGGACCUGAUGAGGCGUCUGCCUCCUCAGCAGAUCGAGAAGAACCUCAGUGACCUCAUUGACCUGGUGCCAAGUCUGUGUGAGGACCUCCUCUCCUCUGUGGACCAGCCCCUGAAGAUUGCCCGGGACAAGGUGGUGGGGAAAGACUAUCUGCUCUGUGAUUACAACCGAGACGGCGACUCCUACAGAUCCCCGUGGAGUAAUAAGUAUGAACCUCCCAUUGAAGAUGGUGCAAUGCCUUCAGCUCGCCUGAGGAAACUCGAGGUUGAAGCCAAUAACGCCUUCGACCAGUACAGAGACCUGUACUUUGAGGGUGGCGUGUCCUCUGUGUACCUCUGGGACUUGGAUCAUGGCUUCGCUGGAGUUAUUCUCAUCAAGAAGGCUGGGGAUGGGUCCAAGAAGAUCAAAGGGUGCUGGGACUCCAUCCAUGUGGUGGAGGUGCAGGAGAAGUCCAGCGGUCGUACUGCUCACUACAAACUCACCUCCACCGUCAUGCUGUGGCUCCAGACAACCAAGACCGGCUCUGGCACCAUGAACCUGGGCGGCAGCCUUACAAGACAGAUGGAAAAAGAUGAGACAGUUGGAGAGUCCUCACCCCACAUCGCCAACAUCGGCCGCCUUGUCGAAGAUAUGGAGAACAAGAUUCGCUCCACGCUGAAUGAAAUCUACUUUGGGAAGACCAAGGACAUCGUCAACGGCCUAAGGAGUGUUCAGACUCUGGCUGACAAGUCAAAGCAGGAGGCUCUGAAGGUCGACCUGAUGGAGGCACUCAAACGCAAACAAAACAGCUAGAGUUGUUACUGUUUUUUUUUUGUUUUUUUUGUCACUCUCACUCUUUCCGCCUCAUCUCCUCCAUCUUUUCUCUGUUUCUUUACGUCUCUCCCUCCACACCUGUUUCAGUGCUGCACUCUUGUUUAUUUGUGGAAUAACAUAAAAAAGGAGAAAUAUGC